CUCUGCCACUUUCUCGCGAUAAAGAGGACGAGAAGGAAAGAUCCGCCAUGGAUGGAAUUGUGGGGAAGGUGGGAGGGAGGUUCAGAAUCUCGCUAACGGAUUCGACAAUGAUGAAGAUCCUCCAUUCCGCCAUGGACAAGUCUCACGAGCGAGUCAAGUCCGAACAAGGCGUCAUCCUCCGGCUGACGGAGAUAUCCAAAUUCUACGAGCUGGCGGUAAUGCUGCUAGACGGCUGCCUGCGCUUCGUCGGGGACGAAGCGGUGGCCAGCAGCAGCAGCAACAACGCCGCCGCGGAGGAGAGCGGCGACGAGGAUGUGGUCGGAGACCUAGCCGAGAUCAGGGACCGGCUGCGAGGCCGGCUGAGGGAGACGGAGCUCGCGAUAGCGGAGAAGGACAGGGAGUUCAGGUGCAGGUUCGGCGACGAAUCGCCAGAGUUGAAGCGGCUCGAUUCUCUGGGCGUGGAUUUCAGGCUGGAGAAGCUGAAGAGUAGUAGUGAGGGGAAUUCGGAGGAAGAGUUCUCGGAGCUUCAGCAUUCGGUGGAUCAGCAGGUGAUGAACAUCAAGCAGAAGCUCGGCCCUGAGUACAAGAUGGUGGAGAAGAGGAGGAACAAGAGCGUCGAUUGCUUGAGGAUCGAUCAGAUGGGAUCCGAGAUCGACAUCUUGAAAUCGACGAUGAUCUCGCGUUUGGGAGGAUGCACAGUGUUAUGUCGUUGUCGGAAUCGGAGAAGCAAGCGGAGCAGCGAAAUCGACAGGAGAGGAAAGCGGGGUUCGAUUGCGUUGAAUGUGGGUUUGAUGGAUGUGAUGAAUGAGUUGAGAUGCUUGCAGGAUGAAUCUAUUAGUACCAGAGGAAAGUUGAGGGAAGUGCUUGGGAAACUUGAGAAUCUAAUUCAAUGGUAUGGGGGCCAUGGAAACCAGGAGGCUUCUUUAGUGAAAAGUUUGGAUGAGUAUGAUCAGGAAAGGAAGCCAGCAUCGAUGGUUGAUUGUUUGGAUGGCGCAUUUAACGAAGUUAAUGAUACUGAUGCAUCAAGAGAAGUACUAGUUAAUGAGAUUGAGAUGCUGCAAAUGGGGAUGGAAGACUCAUGUUUGCAGAGUUCGAUGACGGAGAAGAUUUAUCUUGCUGUAAUUGAAGGAAUGUUGUAUGAUUUCCGCAGCAGGUUAUAUGAUAGUGACAUUGAGAGCAGAAUUAAGGAAGAAAUUGUCAAAGAUGUUGUUGAAAGAACAGUGUAUCAGUGGAACCAGAAACUGGGAAAUGAUAGAAUUGAAGGUGAGAUCAGGGAAGAAGUGUACCAGAUUGUUCUUAGUGAAGUGAUGAAGGAAAUAGGGUCUCGGCUUCAGUUCACACUGAUGGAAUCUCAGGAUGUCGUUUAUGAAUGCAAAUUGGAAGGUGAACUGAGGGAAGAAAUGAAUGAAGUCCUCUUCAGGGGAACCUGUAGAGACUGGAACGAUGUUGUAGAAAGACACGAAGCUGAAGAAGGCCUUGGCCAAGAGGUUUCUCUGACUGUAUUUGGAGAGAGUCUGAGAGACAUUACUGAAACCGGAAAUCAUAUGGCAAGGAACUUGAAAUGGGCUGAAUAUUUAUAUUCAUCUGAGUGUAUAGAGAAUGCAGUGAUGGAGGACAUUUGUAUGGUUUUCCUGAGAGAAACCUGCAAGAGUUGGCAGGAUGAGAUAGAUGUUCAUCGUUAUGAGGAUUUCCUAAAGGAAGAGAUCUUCCGAUUGCUUGUUACAGAGGUCAUUAGUGAAGCUUAUGAAAUUGGCAAAGAAGGAGGGUGCGUUUCUGCUGAUGGACUCAAUGCAAGUGCAGAAUUCAAUGUGAUUCAGAAACCAAGUUCACUGGAUCUAAUACCGGUUGGCCAUUCCAAGAUGAAGUUGCAGAAAGACCACCUGUGCAUUGGAGGCCUGCAAGAAGGAGAAGCAAACAAACAAGUGAUAUCUGGAAAGUUGCUCACCGAGAUGAAAAGCAAUUGCAGUUCAGUGAGUAGUUCAGUUACGCGAGCCAUAGAACAUUUAGCAGUGACAGUGGAACUUCUGCAACCAGAGAAAAGUGAGGAGGUGAAAUUAACACUGUCUGCUGCUGCAAUUGAACAACUCAUCAGUGUUUCAGAAGUAUUUACUACCUUCAACUGUGCAGUCGAGGCAAGAUUAGGACUCAACAUAUCGAGGUUGCAAGAGGCAACACAGCGCUUAAGUCCACUGGUGGAAGUUGUCGCCUCAAUGAGGAGUAAGGAAAGUCGAUACGCAGAAGCAUUCAUCAGGCAAAGCGAGAAUCUCAGAAGGGCUGAAAUCGAGGUUGAUCUACUGGGAGAUCAGGUGGAUGCACUCUUGGGACUUCUUGAGAAGAUAUAUCACAUUCUGCACCAAUAUCCACCUAUCCUGCAACAAAAUUCUGAGGUCUCAGACAUUCUGAUGAUGAUUAAGAGGCAGUUACAUAACUAGAAGGGCUCUUGCUUAUAGCAACAGUUUCAUGGCUUCUUGAGACAUUUAAUCAGAAAGGGCAACCAACAUAAAUUUUUGCAAGCUGUUAGUGAACGCUCCAAUCAAUUCGAGCCCGACUGAUUCUCGAUCCAACGAUGUUCUCAUGAUCAUUUGUAAUCAACUUACUGUUAAUGUGUGGUAUAAGAUCCAUUAUAGAACCUCUCCCAACAACUCGAGUUAUUGGGACCAUUUGAUUCUUAACAUGGUAUCCGAGCUGAUUUGUCCUUGAGAUCACGUGUUCGAAUCCUCACGACCACCAAUAUUAACUGUUGUCUUUCAAGCACAUGGUAUGUCGGGCCUAUGCAAACUUCAAGCCAAUGAGUCGACUUUCAUUUGAGGGGGCGUGUAAGGAAGUUAUUAAGUACCAUACAUGGGUUUGUAUCAGAUCCAGCAUAACCUUCUCACAACAACUCGAGUUAUUGGUAUCAACUGGAUUUUGACAUAGUAUCACUAUCAGAGCCUUCUGUGACCGAGAGGUCUUGUGUUCGAUUCCCGGUGAUCCCCAUUUGUUAAGCACCUAGUAUUCUUGUCUUCAGACCUGUGCAAACUUCAAGCCCUUGUGAGUGGCUUUUGUUUGAGUGGGCGUGUAAGGAAGUGAUUAAGUACCAUACAUGGGCCUGUAUUAGAUCCAGCAUAACCUUCUCCCAACAACUCGAGUUAUUGGGAUCAACUAGUUUUUGACAUGGUAUCAGAGCCUUCUGUGACCGAGGUCUUGUGUUCGAUUCCUGGUGACCCCCAUUUAUUAAGCACAUGAUAUUCUUGUCUUCAGACCUGUGCAAACUUCAAGCCCUUGCGAGUGGCUUUCGUUUGAGUGGGCGUGUUAGUGUUGUGGUAUAUGAUCCACGAUUGAACCUCUCCCAACAACUCGAGUUAUUGGUAUCAACUGGUUCUUGACAUGGUAUCAGAGCCUUCUGUGAGCAAGAGGUCUUGUGUUUGAAUCCCAAUGAUCCCCCAUUUGUGAAGCAUAUGGUAUUCUUGUAUUCAGACCUGUGCAAACUUCAAACCCUUGUGAGUGACCUUCGUUUGAGGGGGCAUGUUAAUGUGUGGUAUAAGAUCCAUUAUGGAACCUCUCCCAACAACUCGAGUUAUUGGGAUCAACUGGUUCUUGACACUUACCGCUCCUAUUUUCUUUCUCUUCUCAUAUCAGUGUGGGGCACUAAAGAUUCAUUUCAUAUCAUGCAUACAAAUCUAAUUAACAAAAUCUCAUCAUGAUAUCUAUGAAACAAAUGAUGGUGUUUUCCAAAUCACAAUCAAUCCAAAAUCCUCAUAUAUCUAUAGGUUUACCUAAAUCUUCAUUUCUAAAAUUCACAAAACAAACGACUCGGAAGAAAUACGAAAACUAGACAAUAACAUAUGUAUGAAACUUGCUCGAUUUUAUUAUCAUUGUAGAUUAUGUGAGAUACAUAUGGAGUGAUUCUUUCAACCAUAAAUUGAUCAUCCAUUCCAACUCAAUGAAUGAUUGCAAAUAGAAACAUGAUUAUUUAUACAUAUCAUGAAACACAUGGACCAGUUUCCAUACUAUCUAGAACACAAUCAGUGAGGUUGAUAUGAAAAUUUAACUACAUUUUCUUAGUUUAUAGGAGAUGAGGAGGUGAUAGGUCUUCAUUCUGUCACUGUCUUUUAACUUUAAGUAGUUUCUUAGUAGGCAUUCCAAAAAAAAAAAAAUUACAUAGCCCCUUUGCAAUAGAUCCAUAAAGUUAGA